AUGCAGGAGGCCUGGGUUUUGCUGGGUGAAGCUGAGAAUGUCCUGGCCCACCUGAGACGCAGGAGGGAGAAGGACCAGGCCUCUUUGUCCCAACUCUGUCUCUCUUCACAGCAUGAGUGUGUGGAUGACUUCUGUGAUGACCUCCAAAGUCAACCCCAAGCAGACACACAGGACCACCUCAGUGAGAACCUGCUUGAAGCUAUGGAUGCUGAUGUUCACAACAAUGUACUGGAGCUGAAGCGGAAGUUUUUUGUUGCGCUUGCCUACCUGUGGCAGAAGGUGGCUGCCGGCUUAUAGGCCUUGCGCAGUGUGGUUGAGGCCAUCUGGGGAGAGUUGAAGCGUUUCUCCUCCUCUGUGGGGCAGGUCUUCAAGAGCCUCAUUUAG